AUGGUGUCAGCUCUUUUUAAAGCUGUCCAGAAGAACCUGCAUGGCAUUGUGGCAGCUUUAGUUGACAGAAGAACAGAUAUCAAUGCCCACAAUGAAAUGCAGUACACACCUUUACUCAUGGCAUGUGAAAUGGGUAAAACAGAGACUGCAGAAGUUCUCAUUGCAAAGGGGGCUAGUUUGGAGGAGAAGAUGCCCAACUCAAACAUGGUUUUACACGUGACAGUUCAAGCCGGGGCAGUCUCCAUCACAAACCUGCUUCUCCGCAAAGGGAUGGAUGCUAACAUCACAAGCCAGGGAGAACAAACCCCACUCCAUGUUGCUGCAUUUCAUAAUAAGGGGUCAAUAGUUGACAUUUUAAUCAAUGCUGGGGCCAAAAUUAAUGCUGUCACUGAGGAAUUAGUCACUCCCUUGCAUGUCGCAAGCCAAAGAGGUAAUGUUGAUUUUGCUCAACAGCUGCUGCAUCACAAAGCCAACGUUAAUGUAAAGGAUAAGCAGUCAAAGACACCCUUACAUCUUGCUACUGAAAAGGGAGACCAUGUAAUGGUGGAGCUGCUUCUUAGUUUUAAUGCUGAUCCCAAUGCAAUGGACAAAGAGAAAAAGACCCCACUUCACACUGCAGCUAUGGGAGGUCAUCUCAAUACAUUUAACGUUCUCUUAGCCCAGAAGGCCAGAUUUGGAAUUAAAGACAUGGAUGGCUGCAGUCCAAUACACUAUGCAACCAUCAAAGGCAAUGCAGAGAUCAUACAGAUCCUUUUGACAGCAGGGAAGAAUAAAAAUAUUGAUGAUAAAAAUAUCUGGAGAAAGACUCCACUGCAUCUUGCAGCAGAACAUGGACACAGUGACUUGAUAAAUUUGUUGUUGAGCAAUGGGUCAGUCAUUAAUGCUUUACACAACAACAAGGAUACCCCAUUGCAUUGUGCUUGCAAGGCUGGUCAUUUUAACUCCGUAAACUCACUUGUCAGCUGGUCUCAGGGAGAGAAAGCAAAUUUACAAGCCACUAAUAGCUUCAAAAAGAUUCCACUGCAAAUAGCAGAAUUUAGCACAAGUGACAACCAAGCUCAGAUUGUAACACUUUUGAAAAAGAAAAUGUUAGUAAGAUGA